UAUUAAGGAAACAUAUGUACAGUACAGACUCGGAUUCUGCUUGUGCAAGUCAAGAUAACAACAGGCGGUCAAAUUAAUUAUCAGUGGUUUCGACGGCCGGUGAAAACGUAUGCGUACUGAGCACUGCGACAGUCAUUUUUAUCUUAUUGAUAUACUGCUAUAUGAAGGAUAGCAGUUGCAUCGAAUAAAAUGUUUCACUUAGUUGUUUUUAAUUACAAAACGUUCAAAAUUAGUUAAUUCAUGUGGUAAAAAUGAAUAUGUCAAAGAUAAUCCAUAAUGCAUUCUGAUGUAAUACACCAAACAGUGCAGGUUGAGUCCUCUGUCGCACGCCAUCAAUCCCUGCUGUCAAUCUCCCGCGAAUUCGAAUCCCAUUGGCUGAUUAUGAGAUACACCUAAAUGUCAUUGGUCAUUCCUCACUGUCACUUGUCGUUUUGAUUGCAUACGACGAAUUUACUGUUUAAAUGAAAAGACGUAUUUCUAAUUGAGAUUAACAAUAUUCCAUUGUUGUAUUCAAGUGUAUGUGCCGCGGAUCUUAAAGUGGAUGGCCUCUUGCCCGGUCAUCGAUUUCGGGCAAAGAUUACUGUGGAAUGAUGCGUGAGGGUUGGAAAUUGUGGAGCAACAGCUCAGAGGGUCACAGCAGCGAUCCCGAAGAGGAGGAUGAAGAAGAGAUGGCGUUCGGAGAGAUUGAGGAAGACUCCGAGGAGAUGAUGGACUUGAGUGAUCUACCUACAGCUCUGUUUGUCUGCAGCGUGCAUGAGGCUGUGUUCGAGGAGGACAGGCAGAGGGAGCGGUUUGAGGCUCUGUUCAGGAUUUAUGAUGAUCAGACGACCUUCCAGAUGUUCAAGAGUUUCAGAAGAGUUCGGAUCAGCUUUAGUACUCCAGAGGCUGCUGCACGCGCACGCAUCGAGCUCCAUGAAUCCGAUUUCAGCGGCACUAAACUAAAACUGUACUUCGCACAGGUGCAGAAUUCAGGGGACAAUGUGGACAAGACAUACCUUGCCCCACCUCAACCUGUCAAGCAGUUCCUCAUCUCUCCACCUGCGUCCCCACCUGUGGGAUGGAGAAAUGGAUUUCACCAAUGA